AUGCAACAACGAUCCUGGGGACAGCUGCAGCCAUUCUCUCCUCUGGUAAUAGCUGGAGCUCUGAAAGAGCCUCUCGCUUCCCAUGUCCUGUGCACUCUCCGUCCCUCACUGUGUUUGCUCAGACAUCCCUUUGGAAAGCCCUGUCCAGGGGACCAGAGACAGUACAAAGUGUGUGCUACUGAGGACUGCCCCCCAGGUACCAAGGAUUUCCGACAGCUUCAAUGUGCAGCCUACAAUGGCCGCCAGAUCCCCCAGAUCCGAGGCGCUGCCUUUGAGUGGGUUCCUUUCUUUGGAGCCCCGAGUCCCUGUGAGCUCAGCUGUUUGGCCAAAGGCCGGAUGUUUUAUUACAAUUUCGGGCGGGUGCUGGAUGGGACAAAAUGUGGAGCUGGUUCCAACGGCAUCUGCAUCAACGGGCAGUGCCUGGCCGUUGGCUGUGGUGCUAUCCUGGGCUCAGAGCUGACGGAGGAUGUGUGUGGAGUUUGUGGCGGCAAGAACAACACGUGUCAGCGAUAUCAGAGCGUCUUCAUCACACCCCAUCUCCCCCCUGGGUCACUGCAGUAUAAUGAGGUAACCAUGAUCCCAGCCGGAGCCACUCACAUCAAAGUGACCGAUAACAGCAGCAAUUAUCUGGCUUUGCAGAACCGAAACUACAAUUCCAUCAUUAACGGGAACUGGGCCAUUAACUGGCCAGGGACGUACUCAGCAGCUGGGACGAAAGUCCAGUACAGGCGCUCUGCGGAUCACCGAGAGAGUUUGGAGGCAAUCGGACCCACGAAGGAGGAUCUGCACCUGAUGGUUCUAUCCAUGGAGCAAGACUCCGGGAUUGAUUAUGAAUACUGGCUUCCGAACGAUCAGUACUGGCUGUACCACGGAGACCGGAAUGUUCUGCAAGGGGCCCAACACGCGGCUGUCCACGCGUCUCGUUCAUUCUUGCAAGCACUGCCAAAUGAGCCCACCACCGUUGCCAUGACAACCACCCCCCUCUCAGCACAAAGGUCCCCUGCUCGAUCUCGCGGUUACACAGCUUCUCAGAGAAAAGACUGGCCACAGAGAAACCGUCUACUGUAUCCCUCCAGACCAGGCAACUGCGGCAAGUGCCAAAGGGUUCGUGGAAGAUCAAACCGCGUCAGGCAGUACUGCGAGAGAGACUUUGUUUUACAUGUGAAGGUUAUUAAUAAAAGAAUUGUUGGUCUGGAGACAUGUUAUGACGUUGAGGUGGUGAAGGCGUACAAGAAAGGCUUUGCUGUCUUAAGGCGGGAGUAUCUGUGGGUGCCGAAUACCUGCGACUGUCCCCGAUUGGUCGAGAUGAAGCAGUAUGUGGUGAUGGCACACCGACAUGUGAACUAUGAGCGGACACUGAACCGGGUCCUGCUGCAGAAAGACAGCUUUGUCCGAAGGUACAGACCUCAGGAGGACAGACUCAUGAGGGGCCUGGAUGAGGAGUGUGAGAAGCGAGGAUACCAGCUCACGGGUAACACACUCAGAUAAGUAUCAAGCCCAGCCUUGGUGGGCUCGGUGGCUGCUCCAGUCACUGUGUGUGGACCAAGUGUGAGUGACGUGAGGAACGCAGUGGGGGUUCUGACACUUUACAGCAAACAGCUCCCCCCUCAGACAUUGCACACUCUCACAGUUUGCUGCAUACAGCAGGGAUCCCGUGAGCCACUCUGAUCCAUGGCUUCCUGUGGCUCUGUAUGCUCCAUAUGGUGUCUAAAACUCAAUCUCUGGGUGACUCAGACACGCUCCAAGUUGUGUCAUGAGCUCAGUUGUAUUUUUGACUCUACAGGGAAUUUAGAGAGAAGAAAGUUGGCCAUUUUAAUACACAACAGCUCAGUGUAUAGAUUAGAUUAGAUUAGAUUAUUUUAGAUUACUUACAGUGUGGAAACAGGCCCUUCGGCCCAACAAGACCAC